AGUACAUGUGUACUGUCCAAGGGCCUCUCUCAGCUGACCACACCAUUUUUUUGCCUUAUUUGCAGAGUUGCCUUAAUGUCCUCCCCAUCCAUGAGCAAGCCUGGACUGACACUAAAGCAGCAUUUUCCUCCUCAUUCCAAUACCUCAGGCAACCUCAAGGUGUAUAAAAGCUGCUAUGCUUCCCACUCAUUACCUUGGUGAUGGAAUCAAGUGACCAGUAAUGGAGGAGGAAGCACACCCUUUUCUGUCUAAUCUCAAGUCAGCCUCUUCUGCUACCAUUCUGCUAUUUUAUCCCUAGACAGCUACCAACAAUUUGGCAUGUGAAAUGACAAGAAAAGUAUUUGGUGUGUAUUCUUGCCAAGAAACUACAUGGAAGGGUCAAUAUGGUCGCCAAGUUUGAAGCACAACUUGAAGAUCAAUGAUCCUGAUCCUGGACUUUGGAUAGUUGUGUACUCUGUGCCAGCAAGUCUUUCACUGGUUGUCAGCCUUAAUCCACCAAUCACAGAUAACAUUGUGUGGAAGAGUAUAUCAGAUCUACAUUCAGCUGCUUGUGUUGUGGGUUCUGCUAUAUUAGGAUACUCCUUGGUUACUAGUGCUCAGAAUAACAUCUUGCAUGAGGAAGAAGGCAGGGAGUUAUUUGGUCUGGUGAUUGUCACAGCCUGGAUGAACCUUUGCCGCAAUUCAGCCAAAAAUUCCCUGCGUGGAUUUCACUUGGCUUUUGCAAUUUUCCUCUCUCUUUCUCCUUUUCUAAUGUGGUUGUACAUCUAUGUGAAUACAGAAAUGCGAGCAUCGUGGCCAUCUCACUGUAAAACCGUUAUUUAAAAGGAUGGAAAGCAUCAAGCAGUGUCAAUAUUCAGAGCUUGACUCUUCACUGAUGCCAAAAAAAACGGAUAAGGCAAAUUACUUCCCACAAAGUCCAGUUUAUCUACAGUGCCCCUGAAGACUGAAAAUCCAGAGGCAAUUGAAAGUUGAAUUAUCUGGAUUAUGACCAGAUAACUAAGGCUAGUCGGUUCAUUAUUUCCACUAUAUUAAUUGUGUGUUCUUGAUACAUGCAAGGGGUUGGACUGAAUAAAAUGAAAGUGCUUCUGUGG